AUCAGGAAAACAGGAGGGUGUACUUGGUUUGCUCCGUUAAAAGCGUGCAUAAACCUGUUCAAUAAUCAUUCGCAAGGACUGAGAUAGUGGAGCGAAAAAGUGGAAGUGAAAGAUGGUGGUGGCACCGAACCACGCGACGGUGAUACUGAUACUGCAAUUACUUAUUGCGUUGCAGGUUUUGAUUUUCUCACCGGCCGGCGCUGAUUACAUACCGCCGGCGAAACCGGAUGGGUUCGUUUACCUGAACCGCCGCUCCUUCAAUUUCGACUCGAUUUUGAUCGAAGCGUUUUAUGAUCCUUUGUGCCCAGAUAGCAGAGAUUCCUGGCCACCUCUCAAACAAGCUCUUCAUGACUAUGGCUCUGGCGUUUCCCUCGUUGUUCACCUUCUCCCUUUACCUUACCAUGACAAUGCUUAUGUUGCAUCUCGAGCUUUACAUGUUGUGAAUGCAUUGAAUAGUUCUGCAACAUUCCCCUUGCUGGAGUUGUUAUUCAAGGACCAGGAGAAAUUCUAUGGUGCUCAAACACGGAACUUAUCUAGGGCUUCUAUUCAAGAGGAGUUUGUUAAGUCUGCAACAGAAGUAAUUGGAAGCUCUUUCUAUACUUCCGUAAAGAAUGGCUUCAAUGACUCAAAAACCGAUCAUCAGACCAGGAUUUCGUUUAAGUAUGCUGCUUCAAGAGGGGUCUACGGAACACCCUUUUUCUAUGUCAAUGGAUUCUUGUUGCCUGAUGUAGGAGACUCCAUUGACUACAAAACUUGGAAGAAGAUCAUUGACCCGUUGGUUGGGGCGGAGAAAAAUGUAAAAAAUGAAGAAUCCCUUCACUUCUUCUUGUAAAAAGUGCAGGUCUAUGAAGUUUAGUUGCAUCCGCACUUUACCAUUAAGGAAUCUAAAGAAUGUACUCACUGUCUGAUAGGUGUUGAUGCCAUUAAGGAAUCUAAAGAAUGUACUCACUGUCUGAUAGGUGUUGAUGCCAAUAAAUGCAAUAAUUGAAUUGAAGUAUUAAAAUGUAUUAAGAUACCUUGCAUAUAUGAAUAGAAAAAUACGUGUUAUAUACUA